AACAGCUGAGGUAGCUUUCAGCCUCAGCACCGGUGCCAUUAUGAUGGAUGUUUACAUCUCUUCAUUGAGAGCCAAUUAUCUUGCUUUUGUGUGAGGCCCAAAUAUCACUCAUGCUGCCUGCUUGCACAGAGCACUGUUGGAUCUAGCUGAACGAAUUGUUUUCUCUGUCUCUGAGUAAGUGUAUACACUUCAGGGUCUCCUAUUGUGGUAGCAAGGCUCAAUAGGAUUUAUGAGAAACCAGGCUCCAGCCUCGGAGCUGCUGCAGACUCCGACUGUGUAAGCCAGAGGUUCCGAGACCUUGGCAGAUGCCCCAGUACCUAAAGACACCCCACGGACUUUGGAGCCACCAGGAACAGCCCAGGCAGAGAAACCCAGGAACUCUGAAGCCACCCAGACCAUGGAUGCAGGAGUCAUGGUCUCAUUGCCUCGAGAAAAAGGACAGUUUGAGGGCCAGAGUGAAUUCACCCCAGACUGGACAGGAACCCCCACCCCAUCAUAUUGCUUUUCAGAAUCCAUUCCACAAUGCCCCACACUGGCAGUUAAAUCAGUGCAGGUUUGCAUGGGCAUAAAUUGAUUACCUGCCGGGGUAAGGAAGGAAGUUCUUUCCCAACAACUGGAAUGGGGAUGGAGGUUCAUCUUCCUCUCAAUAAUUAAUUGAUAGGCAUUGCUGGAGCUAAAAUGUUAGAUUUGAUGGAUGAAUUGGUGUGAUCAGGAGAAUUCUCAGGAUGAUGAUGAUGCUGAGAACAGGCUUUGAGAUUGUGAAUAUGAGACAGAAAAUAAAAUGUACAAAAUGAAGGGGGUUUGGCGUGUCUGAAGAUCCAGGCAGAAGCAGCAACCAAGGCUAGAGAUAUUGAACAUUAUAAAGACAACAAGCUGCCAUCUUGUAAAAAUAUACCAAAAUGGCAACAAAACGAUUAGGACACUGGAUGGCUAUCAAAAGGAGGCUAACUGAAUUCACAUACGUUGGGAGCAAAUAUUAAGUUUUCGUCUGAAAAAUUUCAAUUCCACAGUGUUCCGCUAUACAGUGUUAGAAGCUGGAAAUUGAACUGUAACAAAAAAGAAGUUCUGGGAAAAUGCAGGGAAUGUUUCCUAAAAGCACAUACUAACGAAAGUAAGCAAGCUACCCAGGCAUGGAAAUGAAACUAUGUAUGAUACAGAUAGGAGACCCUAUAUGUUUUUCUUCACGUGAAGCUCACUUUGAAAUAUUUGGAUAAAAUGAGAUGCUUGCGGAAACGAUCAGCAGUAUCAUUCUUAGGAGUCCUUGUCAUUUGCCUGCUGUUCAUGAACUUGUACAUUGAAGAUGGUUAUGUCUUGGAAGGGGACAAGCAAUUAAUCAGAGAAACAGCCACACACCAACUUAAUUCGGAGCGCUAUGUUCACACUUUUAAAGACUUGUCAAAUUUCUCAGGAUCUAUAAAUGUUUCCUAUCGCUACCUAGCUGGCACACCUUUGCCAAGGAAAAGGUAUCUUACAAUUGGACUAUCCUCAGUCAAACGGAAAAAGGGGAAUUAUUUGCUCGAGACGAUCAAGUCCAUAUUUGAGCAGUCAAGUUAUGAGGAACUGAAGGAAAUUACUGUGGUGGUUCACCUAGCAGAUUUUGACUCAUCCUGGUGUGAAGGGAUGGUCCAGGAUAUUUCACAGAAAUUUGCUCAUCACAUCAUUGCUGGCAGGUUAAUGGUUAUCCAUGCCCCUGAGGAGUACUAUCCAGUACUGGAUGGCCUUAAGAGAAAUUACAAUGACCCAGAAGACCGUGUGAAGUUCCGAUCGAAACAAAAUGUAGAUUAUGCUUUCCUGCUUAACUUUUGUGCUAAUCUUUCUGAUUAUUAUGUCAUGCUAGAAGAUGACGUUCGAUGCUCUAAAAACUUCUUGACUGCUGUUAAGAAAGUAAUUACUUCACGAGAAGGUUCCUAUUGGGUGACUCUGGAGUUUUCCAAACUGGGCUAUAUUGGAAAGCUAUACCACUCCCAUGACCUCCCGCGCCUGGCUCAUUUUUUGCUGAUGUUUUACCAGGAAAUGCCUUGUGAUUGGCUGCUAAUCCAUUUCCGUGGGUUGUUAGCUCAAAAGGAUGUCAUCCGCUUUAAGCCAUCUCUGUUCCAGCACAUGGGAUAUUAUUCAUCCUACAAAGGAGCUGAGAACAAACUAAAGGAUGACGACUUUGAAGAGGAUUCGUUUGACAUCCCUGACAACCCGCCCGCAAAUCUUCACACCAACAUGAAUGUAUUUGAAAACUACGAGGCAAGCAAGGCUUACAGCAGCAUUGAUGAGUACUUCUGGGGAAAAGCUCCUUCUACUGGAGAUCUUUAUGUGAUUGUAUUUGAAAAGCCUAUUAAAAUCAGUAAAAUUAAAGUUAUCACUGGAACAGAAGACCGGCAAAAUGACAUCUUGCAUCAUGGAGCCCUGGAAGUUGGGGAAAAGAUUGUAGGGAGCAAAAAAGGGAGGCAAUGUACUACUUACUUGAGACUAGGGGAGUUCAAAAAUGGAAAUUUUGAAAUGACAGAUGUGGAGCACAAAGUUCUGUUUGAUAUUAACUGCAUGAGAAUACUUGUUACCAAAAGUCAAAAAGAAUGGCUGAUCAUUAGGAGCAUUAGUAUUUGGACUUCUCAGCCACUAAAUCAAUAAGGCAAAAUUACUGAAGCUGGUCCUCCUCCUUUCGUGGUGGAGUGAAUGCCAUCGGUUGGGUCCCAACUGGUGUCAUUCCCCAAGGAGACUGACUGACUUCCAAUUAUUUACUAUUGACACUGGAAAUCUGGGGAAAUCAUAA